GGAAAAGUGUUCCAUUUCUGUACAUUGUGUUGGCAGUUGGGAGUCUUUCUACAGAGUAAAGGACACAGCAAGUGGUGUCUGGGCAUCUAUUGAAUUCAACCUUGGGGAUCGAUUACAGCCAUUCUCACGUCUCGGAAUCAGGCAUCUAGCCUGGGCACACAUUGUCGCUAUGAUGGUACAACGGAUCUCAGUAUCUGUCAUUUUUUGAUUCUCGCGAGAUGGAAGAGUCACGAUUGGCGAAACUCGCUGCACCAGCGGUGACAUUGCUAAUAGCUUUCCUGUCAUAUUCAUCGCAAUAUCUCUUCUACAGCAUCGCACCUGGUCCGCUGGACCGCAGACAGAGCAUCAUUUUUAACACUUUGGUGGUGUGUAUAUGGAUCUCAUACGCAAGAGCCUGUACCACGGAUCCCGGGCGAGUGCCUCGGGACUGGAGACCAGAAGAUGACUUCAAAGAUCAACAACAUCCUCCGACAAUCUCCGCGGCAGAUGAAGCCAUCGCGAGACAACGCUACUGUCGAAAAUGUGAGGCCUUGAAGCCUCCUCGAUCUCACCAUUGUCGAGUUUGCAAGAGGUGCAUUCCCAAAAUGGACCAUCACUGUCCUUGGACCGUCAAUUGCGUAUCUCAUUUUACCUUUCCACAUUUCAUGCGAUUCCUAUGGUACGCGGUGUCUGCAAUGUGUUACCUCGAGUACUUUUUGUUCGAGCGUGGACGAAUCAUCUGGGACGACCGACAUAUGCCAAGUUACCUCGGACCUACCUUACCACAGAUGAUUCAUCUAUUUUUCUUGAUCGUUGUCAACUCUUUGACUCUGUUCAUGGUAUCCGUCACCUUCUUGCGCACGGUCUGGGGUCUAGGAGGCAACGUGACCACGAUCGAGAGCUGGGAGAUUGAACGUCACGCAAAGUUGCUACGGCGGGCACGUGCUCUCGGAGGGUACUUGGACGGCCCAGACGGGAUCAGGAUCCGGAUAACGAAACAAGAGUUCCCUUACGACAUUGGCAUAUGGAACAACAUUGUGCAAGGGAUGGGUGGCACUUCGAACGUCAUUGCGUGGCUCUGGCCUUUCUCGGCAACUCCCAGAACAAGCGGCGUCGACUUUGAGACGAACGGAUUCGAAGACCCCGGGACGAGUUGGCCUCCCCCGGACCCGGAUCGAAUGCCACGACUCGCUCGACCUCUCGACCCCAAGGACGCAUUUGUCCAUCGACACGGGGACCUCUCGCCCGAUGAUGAGGUACUGGCUUUCAGAAAACGUCAAAUGGCCGACUUUGAGCGUCGUGCGGAGCACUAUGGGGGUGGUGUUGUGGUCAAGAGGCGGAAACCAUUCCACGAGCGCUUCGAAGAGGAGAAUGGGACACCAAUCGAGAAUGACUACUAUUCCGAGAAUGACGACGACGGCGACGACGACAAAGGUAGUGCCGGUAGUGGCGAGGAAGGGUGGCAAGACUCGGGGGGUAACAGGCUCAAAGAUUACGGUGUUGAUGAGGAAGUCGAGUUUUACGACGAGGAUAAUAUCCCCAUUGCAGAACUACUUCGUCGGCGGCGGAGACAGGGAAAAGUGAUUACCUCUCCCUAGGUAAGGUGUACUGUAGGUGUUUGAUGGGCUAAUGCAUAGAUGGCCCGCGGAGGCACUUACAGCAACCCCGACCACAGUAGUAAAUGAGGGAUGGAGGGA